AGCUCAAGAGUUGAGUUGAUCAACACACACUAAUAAAAAAAUGCCCUCAAUUUGAAUUUGAUCAUUUUCUUUGCCAUCAAUUUUCUUCCCUAAAUCCAAACUUUGCAUCACUUUUUUUUCUUCACGACAUCAAUUUCCUUUUAGUUGCAGUUUUUAGUGUGUUGGACAAGAUUUGAUUGUGAGGCGGUUAGGUUGGGUGGUGUCGUGGCGUUUUCAUUUCAACAACAACUGAAAAAAUCAAAACAAAACGGUGUCAGUUCAACACAUUCAUCAGAAGAAGAUUCAUAGAUUCUUCAAUGUCUUCUUCAUCCACUGAUUCUCCCUCUUCCAUUCCCCUCUAAUCAUCCCAUAUUCUUCUCACUUCAAUCCUCCACCUCCUUCCAUGGCUGCCGCUGCGUUCCGAUCCAACCCUCGAAGCUACAAGGAAACAGCGACCCUCGCACUCUCACAGCUCAGGUACUUCGCCUUCAACUGCACGCGUGCCGCUAACUCUCCACGCUCCUCCAACACCCCUUACCACUUCACCUCCUUCAAACCCCUCUCUCUCCGCGGCGAUUUCAUCCAAAAGGGUACCACCACCACCGCUACCCAUUUUCCCAAUCACACCGUUGUUGCCUCGUUUGGGGACCCGCCGGAAAUUUGGUCCGGCGAGGGGAUGGUUGUUCGGUCGGGAAAUUCCAAUUUCGACGGUUCUGGCGGUGGUGGAGGUGGUGGUGCGAGCUCCGGCGAUUCCGGGGCGUCAAACUCGAUGGAAGGGUGUUGGGGUGGGUCUAAUCUGGGGGGUAAUUUCCCAACGCCGAAGGAGAUUUGUAAGGGGCUUGACAAGUUCGUGAUUGGACAGGAGAGGGCCAAGAAGGUGCUUUCUGUGGCAGUUUAUAAUCACUACAAGAGAGUAUUUCAUGAAACUUCACUCAAGUCUAAGUGGCCUGCAGGAGAUUCAAGUGAUAAUGGUAAUAGAGCUGAAGCUAUUGAUGAUGAUGAUAGAGUUGAACUUGAGAAAAGCAAUAUCCUUCUAAUGGGGCCAACAGGAUCAGGGAAGACGUUACUUGCCAAAACCUUGGCUCGGUUUGUAAAUGUCCCCUUUGUUAUUGCAGAUGCAACUACACUCACUCAGGCAAGUUAUGUUGGAGAAGAUGUGGAGUCCAUAUUAUACAAGCUCCUUCUGGCUGCAGAUUAUAAUGUGGCAGCUGCGCAGCAAGGCAUUGUUUACAUUGAUGAAGUUGACAAGAUUACUAAAAAGGCUGAAAGCCUUAAUAUCAGUAGAGAUGUGUCUGGUGAAGGUGUUCAGCAGGCAUUGCUCAAGAUGCUGGAGGGAACGGUUGUUAAUGUUCCUGAGAAGGGAGCCCGGAAGCAUCCCAGAGGUGACAAUAUUCAGAUUGACACAAAGAAUAUACUUUUCAUUUGUGGAGGAGCCUUUGUUGACUUAGAGAAGACAAUCUCAGACAGGCGUCAAGAUUCUUCCAUUGGAUUCGGGGCACCUGUACGUGCAAAAAUGAGGACUGGUGGUGUCACAGAUUCUGCUAUUGCGUCAUCAUUAUUAGAAACUGUUGAAAGUAGUGAUCUAAUUGCGUAUGGUUUAAUACCUGAGUUUGUUGGGCGGUUUCCGAUCCUUGUCAGUUUGUCAGCUUUAACUGAAAAUCAACUCAUUCAGGUCCUCACAGAACCAAAGAAUGCUCUUGGGAAGCAAUACAAGAAGAUGUUCCAAAUCAAUGGAGUAAAGCUACAUUUUACAGAAAGCGCUCUAAAAUCUAUUGCCAGAAAAGCAAUAUCUAAAAAUACUGGUGCUCGGGGCUUACGAUCAAUAUUAGAGAGUGUUUUGGUAGAUGCCAUGUAUGAGAUUCCUGAUAUCAGAACAGGCGACGAUGUCAUAGAUGCUGUUGUUGUUGAUGAAGAGGCCAUUGGAAAAGAUGGGUGCAGGGGAGGAGCUAAGAUCCUUUAUGGUAAUGGUGCAUUGGAUCGUUAUCUCUCUGAGCAGAAAAAUGAUUCAGAGACCAUGGAGGCAUCUGGCGGAGAUCAUGAAUCAGAGACAGAACUUCCUUCCAUUGUUGCUAGCAUGUAACCCGAUGCUGAUAUUUAUUGUAAUUAUCUCUGUACAUAACUAGUUGUUGAUACAUUUUGUUGAAUAAUAUAGGUUAUAUUCAGAUUGCCCCAUGUCGUUUGGUCCAAGUCAAUGUGUUAUUAAAAGUAGUUUCAUCUCGCGCCUCCUUUGUUGAGAUUCCUUAGCAUAAAUCAUAGAGGUAAUCUAAAUGCUCCAUACUCUCUAAGUGUGAAAUGCGUGAUUCAUUCAUGUAGUUUGGGGCAGCACUGAUUCAACAAAAAAAUGUAUAUUAUGAGAUGAUUCUGGUUCAUUCCUGGUUUUGUUCCAGACUUUUGUGAUAUAAAGUAAUAUAUUGAACAUGACA